AUUAACUUUAUUGCUUGUUAGGACAAGUGACCAUGGCAGGCCAUGACUCAGGAUCUCAACACCAGUUCACUGGAUUUCAGAAAUACUUCAAUUCCUAUACCAUCACAGGCAGGAGGAAUUAUGUAAUAGCGACGUAUACAAGCAUUGCAAUGCUCAUCUUAUACUUCAAGCUUAGGCCUAAAAAGAAAACUCCUGCUGUGGCAGAAAAGUAAAUGGUUGCUGGCAUGGCUGAACCUCCCAUCAUUGUAACAGAAGUUGAUGUCCUGUUAUGGCUA